AUGUCUUCACGUAAGAAAAAUAAAAAAACCAAGGGACAGACUCUUGCAUUGACGGAGUUUUUGGGAGGAGUCCCGACAGUCCCAAUCAAGUCAACCAACUGGGCUGACGAUGUUGAAGACGAACAUGAUCUGGGGUCGUACAUGUCAAGAAGUAAUAAAGAGCCGGUUGUUUUACCAACGGCUCCUCGAGCAGCUCGUGGACCAGGAGUUGAUGAAGAGAAUAUACCAACGAAUCCACCUUACGUUGCUUAUAUUUCAAAUCUGCCUUACGAUGUAGUUGAAUCGGAUCUUGCUGAUUUUUUUGAAGGCAUGGAGGUAUCUAAUAUGCGUCUUCCCAAAGAUUCAACCAAGCUACGAGGGUAUGGUUACGUUGAAUUCGCAGAUCGUCAAAGUCUUAUUGAUGCUCUUUCAAUGAGCAAUACGAUGAUCAAAACAAGACGUGUGAGAAUCGAGGUAUCUAAUAGCAGCAACGAUGAUCGUCGUGGUGGCGGGCGCAUGGGAAUGGGUCGUGAUAAUCGGCGUGAUGGAUACGACGAUCCGGAACGAACCGCGGGAGAUUGGCGUAGCAAGCCCCGAGAAGAAUCAUCUGGUGGAGACGAUCGUUUCCGAAGUCGUGGUGGAUUUGAUGCUCGCGAACGACGUGGAGAGGAUCGUGAAAUUGAUAAUAAACCUGGAGGUUGGCGAGAGGGCGAGCGCAGUGCUCCAGCUUUCAGCGAGAGACGUGGUUUCCGCGGUGGUGAUGAUGAUAAACGUGGAGGUGGAUUCAGAGAUGAGGAACGCGGUGGCAGUUCAUCUUUUGGUGACAAACGUGGAUACCGCGAUGAUGAUAAACGUGGAUUCAGGGAAGGAGGAGAAGGUCGUCGUGGGUAUCGAGAUGAUGAUGGCCGUCGUGGUGGGUUCAGAGAUGAUGAAUCUAGUUCUAGUACUUGGCGUUCUGAACCAUCUGCUCAACCGGUUGCUGAUAAUCCUCCAUCCGCUGAACCACGGACAAGGCCAAAAUUGAACUUGCAGCCACGUACUAAACCGAUAGAAACGAUUGCUGUAGUAGAACCAAAGGUAGAAGAGGAAGAAGUUAAACAAGCAGAAGCAGAAGCAACUCCGGCUCCAGCACCAGUACCAUCAGCUAAUAUUUUUGGUGCUGCUAAACCCGUUGAUACUACUGCCCGAGAACGUGAAAUUGAAGCACGUCUUGCCAAGGUUUCAUCUGAGAAAGCAAACAAGUCUGAUGAUGGAGAAAACAAAGCCUGGCCAAAGCGCAACGGAGAAGGUCGUGGUGAUCGUGAAAAAGAAAAGCCACGAUCCGUCUGGCGCUCAGAUCAAGAUUCUAACAGAGGAAGGCCAGUGGACAGACGUCAGGAUCCUCCUCGGGGAAAUACCUCUGGUCGUUACGAACAACGCGGUGACUCUCAAGGAAAUUCAAAGGGUCACAAUUCACGAUCUGGUAAUUAUCGUGGUGACGGUAAACCCACUGACUCUCGUCGUCAUUUUACCGAGAGAGAACGUAGAUCCAAAGAUCGAGAAGAUAACGUUCCACCAAUGCCGAAAGCCACUGAUGAAGAAACUCCCAACUUUGUGGCUUCCAAUAAAUAUUCCAUGCUACCAGAAGAUGUGGACACUGAUAAUAUCGAUAAUUAG